CUUACCCCCCGUCGCGACCUUGGGAAUUGGGUGGGGAGGGACACCCCCCUCCCAAACACACACACACACACACACACACACACAGCCCAUUUAUUAUUUUUUUUGGGAAAGUCCCAGCGGUUUUCCCCUCUUUCCAUGAGGCAGCCAAAGCUCCGUGCGGGAACAAGUCCGGGCUUGGCAGGGGGGGCCCCGGGUGCCCCCGCCCCGGGAAGCGCCCCGGCAUCCUCCGGGAGCCGCCGCCGCCACCGCACAGAGGUCCUGAUGCCAUCCUGAGCCUUGCCAGGCGCGGGAGAUGCGCUGAGUGGCGCGGGGUCUCUGCGGCCAGUCCCCUGCCAUGGAGGAGGAGGGAUCUCUGCCCGUGGCCGCCUGGCUGGCCGCCCUCCACCUCGACCAGUACGUGGAGAGCUUCCAGCAAAGCCACCUGUGGUCGGUGUGGGACUGCCGGGCGCUGACGGACGAGGGGCUCACCCGCCUCGGGGUGCUGCUGCCCGGCCACCGCCGCCGCAUCCUCCUGGGGCUGCAGAAAGCCUUCGCCGAGGCCCCGCCGCCCGCCAGGACCCCCCCGGCCCCCGCCGGGAAACCCGUCCCCAUGAAACGCCACAUCUUCCGCCUGAGCGCGGCCACGGCGCCGGAGCAGCCGGAGCAAUCGGAGCAGCCAGAGCAGCCGGAGCCCCGGGCCCUGCCUGUGCCCACCGGGACCCUGACCGUGCCCGCCGGGACCCCGCCGCUGGAGCCGGAGCGGGCUGCGACCUUCGCCCAGCUGCCCCCACCCAUCCCACCCAGGGUGGGCUGCCGACCCCCCCUCAAAUUCUCCCCGUCGCUAUCGGGGGGCAGCCCCGAACCCCCACCAGCGCCCCGCAGCCACCUCCCUGCCCCGGAGGAGCCCUCGCCGCCAGCCCUCGUGGAGAAGCCCGCUGCCGAAGGCAGGGCCAGGCCCCCGCUGCCACCGCUGCCGGCCAAGAGGCACCAGCUGGAAGCCAAGUGCCAGUCCCUGAAGGGCCCCCCGCUGCCCGACCGCCCCCCCGUGCUGCCCCCCAGGGCCGUGUCCCACAGGAGCACCCCUGCCAAAGAGGAGGUCCCCAUCCCUGACAGAACACCCGGUGUCCCCCUGUCCCCACUGUCCCCCCUGCCCCGCACGAAGCCGCCCGUCCUGCUGCCCCCGGAGCUGCCCUGCAAGGCCAGCCUGCCCUUCGUGCCCGAGUUCGAUGACUCGGACUACGAGGACUCAGCCUGGGAGGAGGAAUUAGCCAGACCCGUGGGGGAGAUGGCCAAGGAGGAUGCCGAGCCUGGGACGGGGCGGCCGCGGUCCCUGCGCUUCAACAGCCUCUUCAGCGACGACGAGCUCGGCGAGGACCAGCCCGAGGUGUCCCCUGCUGAUGGCAGCAGCAGCUGGAGUGACAGGGACCCCAGCCCGCGCCCGCCCGCGCCCGGCGCCGUCCCCGGCGGUGACAGCAUGGAGGGCACCGGUGCCACCGCCCCGCUGUCACCCACCAUCAGAGCGGGGUGGCUGGACAAGAACCCGCCACAGGGGUCCUACAUCUACCAGAAGCGCUGGGUGAAGCUGGACGCUGACUACCUCCGCUAUUUUGACAGUGAAAAGGACGCCUACUCCAAGCGGCUCAUUCCCGUCUCCUCCAUCUCCCGCGUCACCAGCGUCGGGGACCAGAAGUUCGAGGUCGUCACCAACAACCGCAACUUCGUGUUCCGGGCCGAGAGCGAUGCGGAGCGUAACGAGUGGAUCCGGACCCUGCAGCAGAUUGCAGAGGAGCGGAAGAGCAAAGCUCCGGAGAGGACACUGAUGUCCCUGGCCACCGACGGUGCCCCUGAGCCAGCCGACAGGAGCGGCUUCCUGGAGCUGCGGGGCUUCAAGCACAAGCUCUUUGUGGUGGUGGCUGGGGACAAAGUGUUCCUCUACAAGAACGCAGAGGACUAUCGGCUGGGGAUUGGCAUCACCUACAUUGAGAUGAACGUGGGGAACGUUAAGGAGGUGGAUCGGCGGGGCUUCGACCUCACCACGCCGUACAGAAUCUUCAGCUUCUCCGCUGACUCGGAGCAGGAGAAGGAGGAGUGGGUGGAGGCCAUGCAGCAGUCCAUCGCCGAGGCGCUCUCCAACUCCGAGGUGGCCGAGAGGAUCUGGGCAGUGGAGUCCAACCGCUGCUGUGCUGACUGCGGCUCCCCCAAGCCUGAAUGGGCCUCCAUCAACCUCUGCGUUGUCAUCUGCAAGAGAUGUGCAGGGGAGCACCGGGGAUUGGGCCCUGGCAUUACUAAAGUUCGGAGUCUGAAGAUGGACAGGAAGGUGUGGACUGAGGAGCUGAUCAAGCUCUUCCAGCAGUUUGGCAAUGCCAUGGCCAACGAGUUUUGGGCGGCAAACGUGCCCCCGAGCGAAGCCAUCGGCCCCACCAGCGGCAGCCAGGAGAGGAGGCGCUUCCUCAUCGCCAAAUACCGGGAGGGAAAGUACCGCCACUACCACCCGCUCUUCGGCAACCAGGAGGAGCUCGACAGGGCUCUGUGCGUGGCCGUCACCACCAGCGACCUGAAGGAGACGCAGGCUCUGCUCUUCUGCGGGGCGUCGGUGACCUGUGACACCGGGGACUCCCAGUGCCCCACGCCGCUGGCCCUGGCCGAGAGGAGUGGGCAGCGGCUGCAGAUGGAGUUCCUGCUCCACAACAAAACCUCGGAGCUGCCACGCCUGGAGAUGGUGGGCAGCGAGGAGAGGCCCUACUCUGUGCCCCUGCCCUCCGUCACCCACAGUGGCUUCCUCUACAAGACCCCCUCCAUGGCCAAGCCCGUCAGCGAGCGGAAGGGCCUGGAAGAGUUCAGCCGGCGGUGGUGCACGCUGCAGGACGGGCUGCUCAGCUACUACGAGAACGACCGCAACGCCGUCCCCAACGGCGAGAUCCGCGUGGAGGAGAUCGUCUGCCUGGUGAACAACCCGCCCCACACCCACGGGAUCGAGAGCACGUUCGAGGUGUGCACCGAGGCAGAGCGGCUCUACCUCUUCGGGCUGGAGAGCUCCGAUUCCGCUCGGGAAUGGCUCAAGUCCAUUGCCAAGUCCUUCGUCCAUCCCUGUGCCGAGGAGCUGCUGGUGCUGGACUUCGAGCGGCUGGGCCGGCUGCACUACAAGGGGGGUCUCACCCUGGAGCGCACCCAGGAGGGCUGGUUCGCCCUGGCCGGCUCCACGCUCCACGUCUGCUCCGAGGACGGCCAGCGGCAGGAGCCUCUCCAGCUGCGCAAGCUGCAGGAGCUCUCCAUCCAGGGGGACCACGAGGUGCUGGUGCUGGUGGAGAGGCGGAGGACGUUGUACAUCCAAGGGGAGCGGAAGCUGGAUUUCCUGGGCUGGGUCCAUGCCAUCCAGAAGGCCGCGGGCAGCUCAGGAGACACCCUGUCGGAGCAGCAGCUGACGGAGUCGGACGUGCCGCUGCUGGUGGAUCGCUGCAUCGACUACAUCACGCAGUGCGGGCUGACAUCUGAAGGCAUCUACCGCAAGAGCGGGCAGAACUCCAAGACCACCAGCCUGCUGGAGGUGCUGCAGCGGGACGCGCGCCGCGUCCGCCUGAAGGAGGGCGAGCACCACGUGGACGACGUGGCCAACACCCUCAAACGCUUCUUCCGCGACCUCGGGGACGGGCUCUUCACCCGGCAGUGGGCCCCAGACUGGCUGUGGGCCACGGCGCUGGAGGAUGAGGAGGCGAAGGUCAGCGAGUACCGGCAGCUGCUGGGUGCCCUCCCCCCGGUGAACCGGGCCACGCUCAAGGCUCUCAUCAACCACCUCUUCCGGGUCCAGUGCUUCUCUGGGGAGAACCAGAUGAACACGCACAACCUGGCCAUUGUCUUCGGGCCCACGCUCUUCCAGACGGAUGGGAAGGACUACAAGGCAGGGCGUGUGGUGGAGGACCUCAUCAACCACUACGUGAAGAUCUUUAACGUGAAUGACCAAGAGAUGAAGAAGCAGCAGGACGAAAUCAUGGCCAUCAUGAAGAUGCGGGAGGCGUCAUCCAGCGGAAUGCAGCAAGCUGGGGACUUCAUCUGCACCGUCUACCUGGAGGAGAAGAAGACAGAGACAGAGCAGCAUGUCAAAAUCCCGGCCACGAUGACAGCUGAGGAGCUCACCUUUGAGAUCCUGGACCGGAGGAAAAUUGUCAUGAAGGAGAAGGACUACUGGAGCUGCUUCGAAGUGAAUGAGAGGGAGGAGGCAGAGCGGCCCUUGCAUUACUCUGAGAAAGUCCUGCCCAUCCUGCACUGCCUGGGGACAGAGAGUUACCUGGUGGUGAAGAAGCAGAUGUCCAUGGAGAACAUGCUCAUCUACCUCGCCAGCAGAGUGGGCGACUGCAAGCACGGCAUGAUGAAAUUCCGGGAGGAGAGGAACCUGCUGGGGCUUGGGCUGAGCACCGGCUUCCACGAUCGCUACUUCAUCCUCAACCACUCCUGCCUGCGCCUCUACAAGGAAGUGAGGAGCCUGAGGCAGCGGAGCCCCCCCUUGGAGAGCAGCCACAAGCCGGAGAAGGAGUGGCCUGUCCGAAACCUGAAGGUCUACCUGGGCGUUAAGAAGAAGCUUCGACCCCCGACAUGCUGGGGCUUUACAGUCUUCUAUGAGAAUGAGAAGCAUGAGAAGCAGCAAUGGUACCUGUGCUGUGACACCCAGGCUGAUCUGCGGGAGUGGUUUGCCACCUUUCUCCAGGUGCAGAACGGGGGGGCCCUGUGGCCCUCGGAGCGGCCCCGGACGCGGGCGGCGCGGCCGCAGCAGGACGCCAGGUUGGGUAACAUCUCCCUCAUCCCGCUGCGGGGCAAUGAGAGCGAGAUGAGGAACAGUGUGGCUGCUUUCGCUACUGACCCCCUAACCCUCCUGCGGAAUGUCUGAGCUGGAGAACUGACAUGCCAGUUCAUGCCCAGGUGGGGCAGCCCUCGAGGUCCUGUGCCAGCCCCGCACCCCGGCCCCUGCUGGGGUCCUGCUGCCUCCGGAGCCUCCAACGGCCUCUCACCUUCCACCACGGUGACCCACGGGCAGCCAGGAGUGGAGAUGGCAGCGAGGCCACCCACCCCCCCGUGGAGCUGGGCUCAGGAGCCAUGGCCAGGCAGCCCACGGGAUGCCAGCCCCCUGACCCCGCUGCCUUUGGCCACCACUUCUUCUCCCAGCUCCGGGCAAACAGGCAGAGCCCGGCUGGGGGCUGCGGUUGGGGGUUUUUACUUUUCCUCCUCCAUCCCCUGUUUUUAAUUCCUUCUCCUCUGAAACGACAAGGCAGGUGGGAGCUGCCCUUACAGUGAGAUGUGGGACCAGCCCUUCCCAUGGGACACACACCUGGCCAUAGGCACCGGUGUCCUCGUGCUCCCAUCACUCCUGGGGAAGGGUCCCCUCCGUGCUGGACAGGGCAGGGUGACAAAAGCCUCAGUGUCCCCCCCAAACUGGGGAGGGGGUGCACCCGGCCUCUGUCUCCCAUCCACCAGGGUGCAGGUGGCAGGAGCAGCCCCUGCUUCCUGCUGCUGCCUCUUGACAAUAUUAAAGGUCUUGAGAAAC